AUGCCGUGCCUACGAGGAAUUGAGAUCUCUCUCGUGACCGACCCAUCCAACGAGCGUAUCCCCGAGUUUCCGCAUCCCGAGGGGUCAUCUGCCCGCUUGAUCAGUUCCCAUGGCGGUUCAGCAAAGCAGGAAUCCGUUUCUACACGCAAAACUGGCCCCACGGUUGCGACGUAUAUACCGUCCGUUCCAGGCCACUGCUUUGCGAUUAAGUACAACAUCAACGUUGUCCCUCCUCCACCCUGCAAAUAUGUCUUCUUCAAGUUAUUCUUGAACGGCCGAGCGAUCACCUCUUGGGGCAUCAACCCAACCGAGAGACAGCAUGGCAACGUUGUCAAGUCACUGUGGGCACCAGACCCAAGCUACAACGGACAAGCAGGUCUCGAGUGUCGCAAUUUCGUGUUCCUCCCGGGACAAGAAACCAGAUCCCCUGCUGAAGACGGUGGCCUGAUUGAAGUGAAGGUUUUCCGAGCACAAGACAGAAAGGCUCGGGCACCGAAAGUGGAGGACUUUCACCCCCAGAAGAACUAUGGCAUCGCUUCCCCCAGUAUCGGCCUUAUGGAUCAGCCUCAGCAUGCCUGCUUCUAUCAUUGGCAUCUCAUCGAUGCUAGGGACUCGCCCUUUGCGACAUUCAGAUUCCACUACCGCUCGUGGGAUAGCCUUGAGCAGCUGAACCUGAUACCCCAGAGGGAGUUUAAGUUUGUACGAUCCAUCUCUACCAACGCACUAAGCCGCAGCACGACAAUGGAGUUUACCGAAGACAUGCUGCGCCAAGCGGACGAUAGUCAAGCGACACUGGUCACGAACGAUGACAAUGGUGACGAAGAGUCAAUCUUUGAAGGAAGUAAAAUCCACAGUGACAGACGGAACCAAGCCAACUACUCUCUUAGAAGCCCUCCGAUCGUGUUCCCUCUGUCUUCCCUCUCCGAGAACAUCCCUCAGCCAAGCAAAGCACUCCGAGAUGCUUAUCGCGACUCGUAUCUCCAGCGACCCUUACCAGAACUCCCACGCGAAGAGCCGGGCGUCGUGUCACGGCGUGCAUCUAUAUCAUCUGCCGUGUCGGGUUGUCCAUCUCUGACCCCUUCGCUCAAGAAACUCGUUGACGAUGGAGCCUUUGACGAUGAUGAUGCUUUUGAGAUUGGCGUAGCGCGGGCCGCUCCGCAACAUGAACCCAACUCUUCCGGCACUCCGGACAAAGAGGGCCCAAGAUCGGAGACACUCGAGGACGUUUCCAUGUCAGAUUACGCGACAUCGCCAGCCUCAACCAGUGAAUACUACCCAAACAUGGCUUCAUCACCUGGCCGGUAUUUACCAACAACCGGCAGCAGUUACGUUCUCGGCCUCGAGUGUUUCACCCUCACCCCUCAAAAGGAAGAUGGCGUCCCAGCUUCUCACACACAGUCGGGUCGAAAAUUGUCAACGCAAGCUUUGCCUCCCUGGUACAGGUCCGAGCAAGAUCUGUCCCGGGUUACGAGAAUCAAGUUGUCGGAAGCGGAGUGGAUGAGCCGAACACCUUCGCCUGCUGAAAGGGAACAAGCGAAUAUCGCAAGACGUUUAUGGAGCCCUUCUCCUAGCACCUCGGCACGCACUGGCCGGCUUGGGGGUAUUCUGAAGAAGUCUUCGAAGGGUUCGGAGAGUCUGGAAAAGGAGGAAGUCCGUUCGGAAAUUGUGGGCAACUGGAUUUGA